AUGGCAUCCAGUGAUAGUGGACACUCAGAGUCACUCCAUAAGAGAUAUAUUAAGAUAGCAACAGCAGUAUCAGCAUAUUGGGUAUUUUCGAUUGGUCUAGUGUUUCUGAACAAGUAUCUAUUGAGUAGCAAAGAUCUUAAACUUGAUGCUCCUCUUUUUGUCACUUGGUACCAAUGUGUGGUUACGGUAAUGCUCUGUUUUACGCUUUCCUGGCUUUCCAAGCUCUUCCCUCAAGCUAUUAAGUUUCCCAAAAUGGUGUUAGAUCAGAAAAUAAGUAGAGAAGUGUUACCUUUAUCCGUAGUGUUCGUUGCAAUGAUAGCCUUCAAUAAUCUGUGCUUGAAGUAUGUGGGUGUUUCUUUCUAUUACGUUGGCCGCAGUCUUACAACAGUGUUCAAUGUGAUCUGUUCUUAUUUGAUUUUGGGCAGUACAACUUCACCGAAAGCCCUUGCCUGCUGUUUUCUAAUUAUUUUAGGAUUCUUUCUCGGUGUUGAUCAAGAAGAUGCUACAGGCUCUUUGUCUAUUAUAGGAGUUAUUUAUGGUGUUCUGGCUUCUUUAUUCGUGGCUCUGAAUGCUAUAUAUACUCAAAGGUCGUUGGGUGCUGUAGGCGAUUCUAUUUGGAGAUUGACAAUGUACAACAACUUGAAUGCCAUGUUUUUAUUUCUUCCGCUCAUGCUUUUCAAUGGGGAAUUUGGGGAAGUGAUGUAUUUUCCUCGGUUGUUUGAUUUCACUUUCUGGUUCUUGAUGACUCUGUCUGGCGUAUUCGGCUUCAUGAUGGGAUACGUAACUGGAUGGCAAAUCCAAGUUACAUCCCCUCUGACUCACAACAUUUCGGGAACAGCAAAAGCAGCUGCGCAAACUGUAAUUGCUGUGGCUUGGUGGCAAGAAUUGAAAACUAUGAUGUGGUGGACAAGUAAUAUUGUAGUCUUAUUUGGUAGUGCUGCCUACACAUAUGUUAAGAAGACUGAAAUGGAUAGAACAGCGAAAGUUCAGAGCAGAUCUACAGAUAGGAUCGCUCUCAUGUCCACACGUGUUCAAAGUGAAGAAGAUCGCUAA